CGCAAAAGAAAAGAAGAAAGAAUUAAAGAAUGCUGGAGCGGAGCCUAAAGGAGUGUGGAGCAUCACAGGGUCAUUUUCGUAAUAACGGUGGUUGCUGGGUGCUAUAUCUUCUCCGUUCCUUUUCCUUCUUUCCCUUCUCUCCUCUCUCUGUUGCUUCUCUCUAAAACCCAGAUCUAGGGUUUUGUUUCACUUCAAUUCGCUUCAAACUUCAAAUUCCCAAAUCUACGCAAUAGCUCAAAGGAUGGGCGAAUUGAAGGAUACCGAGGCUUACGAGGAAGAGCUCAUCGACUACGAAGAAGAAGAUGAAAAAGCCCCCGAUUCUGCAAAACCUGCUGCUGAAUCCGGCAAGAAGGGAUAUGUUGGCAUCCAUAGCUCAGGAUUCCGAGACUUCCUGUUGAAACCUGAGCUUCUUCGAGCUAUUGUCGAUUCAGGAUUCGAGCAUCCAUCCGAAGUGCAACACGAGUGCAUCCCUCAAGCAAUUUUAGGAAUGGAUGUCAUUUGUCAAGCAAAAUCUGGGAUGGGAAAAACUGCAGUUUUUGUUCUUUCAACACUUCAGCAAAUCGAUCCUCUUCCUGGUCAAGUUGCAGCUCUUGUUCUUUGCCAUACGAGAGAGCUAGCUUAUCAGAUUUGCCAUGAAUUUGAAAGGUUCAGCACAUAUCUUCCUGAUAUCAAAGUUGCUGUUUUCUAUGGGGGUGUCAAUAUUAAGGUUCACAAAGAAUUGCUUAAGAAUGAAUGUCCUCAUAUUGUGGUUGGAACACCUGGGAGGAUUCUUGCCCUGACUAGAGAUAAGGACCUUGGCUUAAAGAAUGUGAGGCAUUUUAUUCUUGAUGAGUGUGACAAGAUGCUUGAAUCACUUGACAUGAGGAGAGAUGUGCAAGAGAUUUUCAAAUUGACUCCCCAUGAAAAGCAAGUCAUGAUGUUUUCUGCUACACUCAGCAAAGAGAUCCGACCUGUUUGCAAGAAAUUUAUGCAAGAUCCAAUGGAAAUUUAUGUGGAUGAUGAGGCCAAGUUAACACUUCAUGGUCUUGUUCAGCACUAUAUCAAAUUGCAAGAAUCGGAGAAGAAUCGUAAGUUGAAUGAUCUUCUUGAUGCUCUGGACUUCAACCAAGUUGUUAUUUUUGUAAAAAGUGUUAGCAGAGCUGCAGAGUUGAACAAGUUGCUUGUGGAGUGCAACUUCCCUUCAAUAUGUAUACAUUCUGGAAUGUCACAGGAAGAAAGGUUGAAACGAUACAAAGGCUUCAAAGAAGGGAGGCAAAGGAUUCUUGUUGCAACAGACUUAGUAGGAAGGGGUAUCGACAUAGAACGGGUUAACAUAGUUAUCAACUAUGACAUGCCUGAUUCUGCUGACACUUACCUGCACAGGGUAGGAAGAGCUGGUAGAUUUGGCACCAAGGGGCUUGCAAUUACUUUUGUCUCUUCAACAGCUGACUCUGAAGUUCUUAAUCAGGUGCAAUCAAGGUUUGAAGUUGAUAUAAAGGAGCUUCCAGAACAAAUUGACACCUCCACAUAUAUGCCAAACUGAUCGAUUUUGUGGCAUGUUUGAAAGGAUCUAUUUGAGCGACAGGAGAUGGAGUAGUUAGCAUCUCUGUCUUUUGAGUAUUUAGACAAAGAAUAUUUGACAGACAUUAUUCUUUGAAUCCUUUUUUUGUUGCCUCUGUAUUCCUAUUUAAGAUAUAGAAAAUACCCAGGUAGUCAGCAUAGCUUAUAAAGGUACUGCUAAUCAGUAAUUUAUUGAACACUUAAAUGCAUGCUUUAUAAUUCAGUCAAGUAUUAAGAAAAAGUAGAGUUAACUGGAUUUAGGUUAUCUUGGUAUUAUUGAUACAUGUUUAUUUUGUUUAUCAUGUCUUUUGGAGAAUAUUACAUCAUAGAAGUUAGGAUUUAACGUUUAAA